AUGGAUCAUUUGGAAUCAUUGCAACAAUCAACCGGAUGGAAGAGAAAAUCACGGGAAGGUCAAGAAUGGGAAGGUGAAGAUUUUGGACCGGUUACCUGGCAAGAAUUAUCCAAUAUGCGUCGCAAUUCAGUUAUCUUAUUCAAUAGUGAACUUUAUCCAACAAAAAUAUCCGAAUGGUCAUUGCGAGCAGAACCAGGACGAGAUAAUAAAUACUACAUCUGUGUUUUGUGCAGAAGACUUCAGGAUCGUGGUAAGCGCUUAAUACCACCGGUAAAAUUUGGUCCACCGGCUCGUAUUUUGGUUCGUAAUGGACGUUUUCUUACACAUCCGGAUUAUCCUCGUACACCGCACAUAUGCGGAUUCGGUGAAAAUCCAAUGUCUGAUCGUGCAGUUGUCCUUGCACGACGUGCAAUGAUUCGUGCACGAACGGAAAUUAGCGAGGAUGGUAUGACACCACGGGAAAAAAUCGACCAAGUUUUAAUCAGUUUUAGAGAAGAUGGAAAAUAUUCAAACUUGAGUGCUGAAGAAAUAGAACAAAUGGAGGACAUGGUAUUGGGACGUGUACAUGGACGUAUGUGGUCAGAAUCGAACUGCAUACGAUCAUUAUACAUCAAUCGCCGCAAAUUAAUUACUGCUAAUCAAAACGAUAAACCACGUAAAGUUUACGAAUGUCCAGUAGUGGGUUGUGAUUUUUUGACAUUUGCGUCCGGUAUGAUCGACAUUCAUAUAAGCGAAAAGCAUCGCGCUGUGAAUGAUUCCAAUGAAAUUGAUUCGGCAGCCUUUGAGACGGAAUAUUUUGUUCCUGCAGAAAGAAACGAUGAACUGAGUGUAUCGAAUUUGUCGGACGAAAGUCCGACACAAAAUGCUUCGGUUUACUCAACUGGACAGAAAGAUCUAGAGCCGAAUCCUGCUUGCGACACUGAAGGAGAUUAUGGUCCGGUUAUAUACGAAGCUCUUUCUUGUCAGCGACGUAAAUCUAUCAUCUUAUUCGAAAGCAGACGUUUUCCGAAUAAAAUUUCUGAAUGGGCCUUGAAGAUGCCAACAAACGAUAUAACAAUGUAUUACACAUGCGUACUUUGUCGAAAGCUGAAAGAUAAAGGUAAGCGACAAGAAACGCCUGUUCAUUAUCCACCUCCGGCUCGAAUUGUAGUACGUAAUGGACGUUUUAUGGUACAUCCAGAUUAUCCGAAAACACCACACAUCUGCGAUUUUGCAAAUAAUCCUUUAUCGGAUCGACAGUCUGUUUUGUCAAGGCGAAUAUUGGCCAAAAGACCUGUGAACUCUGGUGUUCCAGUUCGGAAAACUCUAAAUUAUGCCACUAAUCAAGAUAUGAACUACCGAUAUGUAACAAUCGCUCCAUCGGAAUGUUCUUCGAACAUUUAUGUAGUCGAAGAACCAGGAACUUGGCCUCAGGAUCCGGAAAUACCGUUAUCCGAUGAUAGCGAUAGUGAAUAUGAAGCUCUUUUAAGGCUUGACGUUAACCAGAACAUCAAUGAAAUUGCUUCUGGUGCUGUUGCUGCUAGUUCUGAUAUGGCAAGUACUUCUGGAGCUGAUUAUAUGGCGAGACAGGAAAAAGUCUCUCAGAUAUAUAGUUGCUCAAUAGUGGGAUGCAAUUUCACGGCGUUAACAUUGGCUGAUCUUGACAUUCAUUUAGGAGAACAUGAAUUGCUAGAUGAAGAACAGGUCGUGAAAUACGAAAUUUUUGAACGGGCAGAAAGUCCAUAUGAAAAUAGUGAAGCUGUAGAAAUUAUUGACGAAUUAAGUCUUUCUGAACCGUUCAAGAAGCGGCAGAAAAUAAGUUCAGGUGGUCGUAUUUUGUUAGCAGCAGAAGAUAACAACGAAAUUGGAUGCAAAGAGGAUUGCUUCGAAAAAUCAGAGUUACCAACCGAUGUGCUGUCAGAUGAAAAAAUCCGACGAGACCCAGAGAAUCUACGGGCCUCUAUCAGAAGGCAUUUGCAGAAUAUUGAACGCUUACUGGAAAAUAUUGGAAUGACGCAGCUUCUGGAGAUCGAUGGGUAUUUGCUACGAAUACAGCAGCAGUUAUGCGAUAUUCAGUCAUUCAACGUGCGAUAUUUCCACGAUUCUGGAGAAUUAUUACAGAGCACGGAAUCCCCACAGAAUCGUUUUAAUAUAUUAGCAGUUGAUACAGCUUUAUAA